UAUCUAGGAUCAGCUUGGAAGAUGAAUGUCACCAUUCUAUGGUUUGUUUUGCUGUUCUGUGGCUUGAUUUUGGCCCAGGAUAACGGUAAUGCUACUGGAACUGAAAAACUUAAUGAAACACGGUCAUGCAAUCCUGACAUGUGUGAUCUCCUGUUAGAGUUUGGUGUCAUGAUAGAAAAACUCAGAACUAUGGAAACCAGGCUGGCGGACACUGAAACCAGGCUGGCGGACAGCGAAACCAGACUGGCGGACAGCGAAACCAGACUGGCGAACAGUGAAACCAGACUGGCGGACAGCGAAACCAGGCUGGCGGACAGCGAAACCAGGCUGGCGGACAGUGAAAACCAGAUUCUGGAACUGCAGAAUAAAGAAAGAACCAACGUAAUCUUCAGUGCAACAGCCGUGUCAGAAGAAAACAUUGGACCGUUUAACACAGAGACAACUCUAAUCUACAGAAGAGUGAUUACAAACAUUGGUGAUGCCUACAGGCAAUCAACAGGUAUCUUCACUGCACCUGUUGCAGGUGUUUAUUACUUUUCCAUCUUCUAUCAUGCUGGAGGACAACAUCAAGCAGUGCUGUACCUGUACAAGAACAAUGAAAGGAUGGUUAUGACUCAUGAUUACCCAUCACAGUCUGACGCAGCUGAUAAUGGAGGAAACGCAGUGUUCCUGCAGCUGCAGCGAGGAGAUCAAGUAUUUGUGAGACUAGCUGCAAAUUCAUACGUUUGGGGGUCCAGCCAUACAAGUUUCAGUGGUUUUCUGGUCACUGAAAUGUGAGAAUUAAUAAACCUUUUGUAAACCACUGAGGUCACAGUAUAAAUACAACCAUAACACUGAUUAACUAAGGGAGUACUGUACAAAAUGCGUGUAAAAAGGUGUAUAAAAGUGUGUGGUUAGGGGUUUUACGGCCUUAGAACAUGUAUUAUAAUUGUAAAACUUACUUCGCGGAUUUCGUUUAUUGCGGGUUAUUUUUAGAACAUAUCCCCUGCGAUAAACGAGGGACCACUGUAUACAUCCAUGUACAGUACAGGGGCUGCUUCUUCGGCCUUGUGCUGAG